UUUUCCCUUUCUUCAUUGGACUAUCCCUUGUCUUCUUCAUUCCCUGCCUUUCAACGUGAUUGGGCCAGCGAGUGGCCGGGUUGGCUUAUGCAUUGAUUGGCAGGCUUUCAGGCCAAUUGAAAAGUCGCAAUCUGCUCGGGCUCCUUGCAUGAGGCCCAUACAGUGAAGGUGUGGGAUUGAGGUUUGCAAACGCAGGGCGUGAUGCGACAGCCUCUUCCUGGUCAUCUUUACUUCCAAGUAGGACAGUCAUGGCCUUAAGAGCAUGCGGCUUGAUAAUCUUCAGGAAGCUGCGUGAGUCAUCGACACUGCCAUCCUCAGCUGCCACUCUUGGGAGCAAUAUCGAGUACCUCCUCUUGCAGACGUCAUAUGGAACCCACCAUUGGACUCCUCCAAAAGGGCAUGUCGAUCCAGGGGAAGAUGACCUUCAGACGGCCCUCCGGGAGACCCAGGAGGAAGCGGGGCUGGACACCAGCCAGUUCACCAUCCUAGAAGGCUUUAAGAAGGAGCUGAACUACACCGUUAGAAGCAAGCCCAAAACGGUCAUCUACUGGCUGGCGGAACUGAAAGACAACAACGCGGAGAUCAGACUCUCUUCGGAGCACCAGGCCUUUCGCUGGCUGACCCUCAACGAGGCCUGUGAGCUGGCUGGGUAUCAGGACAUGCAAGCCGCCAUCCGGGAGGCCCAUCAGUUUCUGUCUUCCCGGGCGUGAACGCUCCGCGGGGAUCGGAGAAAGCGUUUUUAGAGGAAACCUGGGCUGCUAAUCCCGUAAGAAUAAAACACGGAAUGUCAGAA